GUGAAAGUUACUAGGUUGUAUACAAAUCUGCCCAUCUCGUGUUCAGCGGCUGUGGGUUUCCGGCCUCGGUUAGGAAGGCCUCCCCGCGGGGGAGGCGAGGGAGGGCGACCUUAUCUCGCAGCUUCUCCCUUCCCACGGGUCAGGCGCAUAAAAGCUCGAGGGGACGCGGCCCGAAGUGUCGCCAUGUCCCCGCUGUGCGCCCUGCUGCUGGCCCUGGCCCUGGUGGCCGUCCCCGGCAUCCGAGCCGCCUGCCCGCUGCCCGCCGACCUCAAGAGGCCGGACGGGACGCGCACGUGCGCCAAGCUCUACGACAAGAGCGACCCCUACUACGAGAACUGCUGCGGGGGCGCCGAACUGUCGGUGGAGCCGGGCACCGACCUGCCCUUCCUGCCCGCCGACUGGAACAACGCCGCCUCCUCGCUCGUGGUGGCCCCGCGCUGCGAGAUCACCGUGUGGUCCCUGCGCGGCAAGGCCGGCAAGACGCGCAAGUUCUCGACCGGCGCCUACCCGCGCCUGGAAGAGUUCCGCAAGGGCAUCUUCGGAGACUGGUCCAACACCAUCGCGUCGCUCUACUGCAGGUGUUACUGAUGCCUUAGAGGUACCUCGUGUCCAACCCCCACAGAGUGCAGAGGCCCCUCACCUGGGGUAUGCUGAAGGCCCCAAGUCCCAGGAGGAGAGAACUUUCUUCCUGCCCCCUCCCCACCCUGUCUUCCCUGCAAUAUAGAGUGUGCUUGUGAAGUUA